AAUUGUAAUCACAACCUAAUGAAUCUCACCUAAUCAACUCCUAAAACGGAAACUUAGCUCAAGUUGAAGCUAUGGCUGUCCUCUUGAUUGGAUUCAUUUUGCUUCAUUUCCAUACAACUUUUCUAUUUCUCUCUCUUCACAGACAAUGAAUUCCCAUUAUCUCACCACUCUCACUCAACGAUUCUGCUCAAGCUCAAUUCCAUGCCAACAAAACCCUCAGAAACCCUACAAACCCCAGUUGGUUGGGUUGCCUCCAACUAUCUCGUCGAUACGACAAUGCGCCGAUCCAUGCUUCAGUGCUGCUGCUAGUGGAGCCACACUGGUUCCAUUUAAAAUCUGUAAUUCGAGACUCAAUAGAACGAGGGCUUCGUCGAAUGAUGCUCAAUCUAUAGCCAAUAGGGGCGGCUCGAACGAAUUGCGGGAACCGAGUUUUGCGGAGUUUAUCACUUCGGAAAGAGUUAAAGUGGUGGCUAUGCUUGCGUUGGCUUUGGUUCUUUGUAAUGCCGAUCGGGUUGUCAUGUCUGUGGCGAUUGUCCCACUUUCCCUUUCUCGUGGAUGGCGUCAAGCUUUUGGCGGUGUUGUUCAGUCAUCUUUUCUGUGGGGAUACUUGAUAUCACCUAUAGCUGGAGGGACUCUAGUUGACCGUUAUGGUGGUAAGGUAGUCAUGGCUUGGGGGGUGGCUUUAUGGUCUCUGGCUACUUUGCUCACUCCUUGGGCAGCAGAAACAUCAUUGUUGACUCUACUUGCAAUGCGGAUGCUACUUGGCAUUGCCGAAGGUGUUGCUCUUCCUUGCAUGAAUAAUAUGAUUGCGAGAUGGUUUCCUCAAACAGAAAGGUCGAGGGCUGUAGGACUUGCAAUGGCUGGAUUUCAGCUUGGAAGUGCUAUUGGGCUUACACUUUCUCCGAUCAUCAUGUCACAGGGUGGCAUGUAUGGACCCUUUGUUAUAUUUGGAUUGUCUGGCUUCCUUUGGGUGUUAGUUUGGGUUUCAGCAACCUCAAGCACUCCUGACCGGAGUCCGCAAAUAUCAAUGCAUGAGCUAAGAUACAUACUGAACAGUUCAUCAGUACCCUCCCUGUCGAAGAACCAACCAAAGACAGGACAAGGCAUUCCCCCUUUCAGGCGUUUGCUCUCUAAGCUACCAACUUGGUCUCUAAUUAUUGCAAAUGCUAUGCACAGUUGGGGGUUUUUUGUCAUACUUUCAUGGAUGCCAAUUUACUUCAAAUCGCUAUAUCAUGUUGACCUAAGACAAGCUGCGUGGUUUAGUGCUGUUCCAUGGAGUAUGAUGGCUCUCACAGGCUACGUUGCUGGAGUUUUAUCAGAUAUGAUGAUUCAAAGUGGGAUAAGUGUGACGUUGACUCGUAAAAUCAUGCAGUCGAUUGGAUUUAUUGGUCCUGGCUUGGCUCUUAUUGGUUUAACCAAAGCAAGAACUCCAUUCACAGCAUCUGCUUGGCUUACUUUAGCUGUUGGGCUGAAAGCAUUUAGUCAUUGUGGUUUCCUUGUCAACCUUCAGGAGAUUGCCCCACAGUACUCUGGUGUUCUGCAUGGUAUGUCUAACACUGGUGGGACACUUGCUGCUAUAGUGGGAACAGUUGGUGCUGGUUUCUUCGUUGAAUUAGUGGGCUCCUUCAAGGGAUUUUUAUUGCUCACGGCAUUUCUGUAUUUCUCCGCUGCUUUAUUCUGGAAUGUAUUCUCUACUGGAGAGAGGGUCAAUUUUGAUGAAACUGCGUAGUGCUCUUAGAGUUGAUAAGUUCUGCUUUUAUAAGCUCGGGAACUAGGUUUAGAAGGGCCGUAGAAAUCAUGAAUCUAUAACGCUGUUCAUAUUUUGUAUAUAACUGCACCAGCACCCACAACACAAGAGAUGAAUGUAAAUAGGAGAGGGUGGUUAGACGAGUUGGCUGUGCAUACAUUUCUGUCCAUGAAAAAGCUCUUUGCUCAUUGACAAGGCAUAUGAAUUACAUACCAUUUCUGGGCUAAACUUUCUGGAGUUCUUAGCAAAUGAAUUAGUUCUAAUUUUUCUGAACCUUGUCUAUUUGGGCCAAGAGAUUAAGCUAUCCGAAUCAAUGUUGGAGAAGAUUCUUGCGAGUUAGUGAUCUUAAGUGUGUAAUGAAGUAUAUUAGAACAGCAUGACAGGCAACCCUGUAUACUGCAUUCCUUAUUGAAAUUCCCAGUGUUGAAGCGUA